UCGAUAUCCCCAUCUACCCCGUUCGAAUCUCUCCUCCGGCUCUUCCUGAAAUGGCGACUGUCUUAAACUCUCAAACUUUCAUCUCGCCUCCUAAACCUGCCUUGUCUUCGAGGUUUCAAUUUGUACCUAGUCUACGACUAAGCACAUCGAGUCACGUUUCCCGUACCCGAUUUCACUGCGCGGUUCGCAAGGCUGUUGUCAUUCGAGCCGCGGCUACGGAUAGAGAGUUUUCAUCGAGGAGGAGCAGUAGCAAUGAGCCUCGAGAGACAAUAAUGUUACCGGGUUGUGACUACAAUCACUGGCUCAUUGUGAUGGAGUUCCCUAAAGACCCUGCGCCCACAAGAGAGCAAAUGAUUGAGACUUAUCUCAACACUCUCGCUACUGUACUUGGCAGCAUGGAAGAAGCUAAGAAGAAUAUGUAUGCUUUCUCCACUACAACUUAUACUGGGUUUCAAUGCACUGUGGAUGAGGAAACCUCUGAGAAAUUCAAAGGAUUGCCUGGUGUUCUCUGGGUGUUGCCAGAUUCGUACAUAGAUGUGAAGAACAAGGAUUAUGGAGGCGAUAAGUACAUAAAUGGGGAGAUAAUUCCCUGCCAAUAUCCUACAUAUCAACCAAAGCAACGAAGGGAUUCGAAAUAUGUGAGCAAAAAAUAUGAGAGGCGAAGAGACGGCCCUCCUCCACGAGGAAGAAUGAGACAAGAAGCAACCCAAACAGAACCUGCAUCUGAAUGACAGAAUGAGUUUCUUUAUUAUUUGAGCUGAGCAAGUGCAAAUGGAGAGUGGAGUAGAUGGUGAUGCUCCUUUAGAUUAUGCCACCAUAACUGCAAGGGUAUAGAAGGAGAGAUAUCUCAAUUGGAAGCAGCCAGAAAAUUCCAAUUAUCUCUGUCUGUGCAGGUCGUAUCUCGUGUCGUUUAUUAAUUCAUAUUCAAAUAUAUAGAGUUGCACACCAAUGAACUGUUGCGAGCUAUAGACUUGAGACUCACAGUACUAAGAACUAAGGGGGGAGUUAGCUGCAACUUUAGAGUACGCUGCUGGUUCCUGCUAUUCUUCUACAGAAAUUAGUGAACUAUGGGUGACCAAAAUGGAAAAAGAUGUAUCUUUUGGUGACCAAAAUGAAAUAUGUUUACUCCGGCAUCCACAUCAGCUAUUCCGGUGGUUGAGUGACCUCUGUAAUAAAUCUUUAUUCUUUGAGUGACUAGUUUGGGAAAAAAAAUUCUUAGAGUGACCAAAUUGGAAAAUGAUAUAUCUUUGGGUGA